AUGUGUAGGAUACUUUUAAAAACAAAAGUUACUUUAUCAUUACCACCAACAAACCAAAAACAUGGUAUUAAUAAUAAUCAUAGAUUGAUAGUAAUUUCAAUCGAUGGAUUUAGAUGGGAUUAUUUAAAUAGAAAUAUUACUCCUAAUUUAAACAAGAUUCAUUCUGGUGUUAAUAGUUGCCGUGCAUCUUAUUUAUCACCUCAAUUCCCUUCAAAAACAUUUCCUAAUCAUUUUACAUUGGCAACAGGGUUAUACCCAGAAAGUCAUGGAAUCAUUAGUAAUGAAAUGAUUGAUCCAAAAUCGAAAAGGAAGAAGUUUUCGUAUGCUACAGACUCUGUAUACGACGCUCAAUGGAUUACAGGUGAACCUAUUUGGGUUACAGCCAUUAAACAUAAUCUUAAAGCUGCAUGUUGUCUUUGGCCAGGUUGUGUUGUCCCUAUUCAAGGUAUUCUACCAAAUCCUAUCAUUUCUCCUGUACAGGAUAACCCAGACUUGACAAUGGCGUAUUUGUCAGAGGUGGAUACUGCCAGUCAUAAAUUUGGAGUAGAUUCAACCGAGACACUACAAGCUAUAAAAGAUGUGGAUCGAGCCAUCGGACAAUUUAUGGAGAAUAUGACAAAGAGUGGAUUGAUUGAUACGACCAACCUGAUCAUUCUAUCGGAUCAUGGAAUGACCAAUGUAAAACAUACAAUUGAUAUAACUAAAUACAUUGAUAUGUCUAAAGUAUUUAUGAGUGGAUCUCCAACACCUAUCCUAUCACUCUAUCCACUUCCACAUGUUGAUGGACCAUCUGAUUCUCUUUAUACUGGACUUACAGUAGACGAGAUAUACAAUGCUCUACACGGUAAACAUCCAAACCUACAAAUCUAUAGAAAGGAGGAUGUACCCAAACACUACCAUUUUAGUCUGCACUCCAAUACUGCUAUCUCACCAAUAGUGGGUAUUGCAGAUUUAGGGUAUUCCAUCUUUACAGGAACCGUACUGCCAGUUGAAAAGGGUACUCAUGGAUACGACCCAUCCUAUCCAGAUAUGAAAGGUAUCCUUAUUGCCAGUGGCCCAAAUAUCAAAUCUCAAUCAAAACCAUUCGACUGUGAAAACACAGAUCUAUUCAAUGUCUACACUACUCUUUUAAAUAUACCAUCCAAUUCUCCACACCUACCAAAAACAAAUAGUACUACUUAUUUAAAAGAUUUAAUUCUCCAAAAGUAA